AUAACUGUUCGCGGUCCAGAGUUUUGCACGUCCCUUUUGCUCUUUUCACCCUAGUCACUCGCUUUAAAUCCAACCGCCCAGUCGUCAUGAAAUCGCCAGUAACUCGUGUAGCAGCCGCUGUCCUGGUCGGCAGUGGGCUUGUAAAUGCCGCAUACAGCAUCGGCAGUGAUGCCGAGAUCAAACAGACAUCGAAGCAGCUCGCGGCCGACCUCAUGGCGUAUUACCACGGAAACGAGCCAGGACAAACACCAGGAAUCUUGCCAGGGCCGCCACCUGCUGGCGACUACUACUGGUGGGAAGCAGGGGCGAUGUGGGGUGCCAUGAUAGAUUAUUACCACAUGACGGGCGACGACACCUACAAUGCUCUCACGACGCAAGGAAUGCUGUUCCAAGUCGGUCCCAACGACGAUUACAUGCCGCCAAACGUUACCGCGUCUCUGGGAAACGAUGAUCAGGGCUUCUGGGGCAUGUCUGCUAUGCUCGCCGCAGAAAACAACUUCCCCAACCCUCCCGACGACCAACCGCAGUGGCUGGCGUUAGCCCAGGCCGUGUUUAACACCCAGGCGAACCCUGAUAGGCACGACGAUACUUGCAAUGGUGGUCUGCGGUGGCAGAUUCCUCUGUCCAACAACGGGUACAAUUAUAAGAACAGCAUCGCCAACGGAUGUUUCUUCAACCUGGGUGCCAGACUUGCUCGGUAUACCGACAACCAGACCUAUGCGGACUGGGCUGAGAAGACGUGGGAUUGGGUCAGGGGCGUUGGCUUGAUGAACGCCGAUUACCAGAUCUAUGACGGCGCCCACGUCGAGCACAACUGCACGGAUAUCAACAAGGCGCAGUUCUCUUACAACGCUGCCAUCUACCUGCUUGGAGCCGCGUACAUGUAUAAUUAUACCGACGGCAGUGAGACGUGGAAGGAGAGAGUUACGGGUCUGCUUGACAACACCAUCAAUACCUUCUUCCCAGACGGCAUUGCCUACGAGAUCUCCUGCGAGAAGCACAUGACUUGCACCACCGAUAUGCUGAGCUUCAAGGGCUACCUUCAUCGCUGGAUGUCCACGACGACUCAGAUUGCGCCCUUCACCAAGGAGAAGAUUUCGACCGUCCUUCAAACGUCGGCAGCGGCAGCUAUUUCGCAAUGCACCGGCGGAACCACGGGCCGGGUUUGCGGGUUCAAAUGGUCCACAAAGACGUAUGACGGAACUCAAGGCGCCGGCCAGCAGAUGAAUGUAUUGGGUGCAGUGUCGUCCCUUCUCGUCGGCUCUGCCAGGGCCCCGGUCACGAACUCGACAGGCGGAAGCAGUCGAGGCGAUCCAAAUGCCGGCAGCCACGGAGAUGAUUUCAACAAGAAGUCCAGGCCAAUCGCAACCGGCGACAGAGCUGGCGCCGGAAUUCUCACCUUCAUAGUCCUAGGCGCGGCAGUGGGUACGUUUGGCUGGAUGAGCACCGGGGUAUGACGUGCACCUUGAAGUUCAACUACCCAUCAUUGGUCUGGAUUCCGUU